UCCGCGAGGCGCGGAAUCCGAACAUGUACAAGACGAAACAGAAACAUCAGGAGAUGUCAUGCGCGCUUUUCUAUUUAUAAUAUACUUGCCUUCUUUUGUUCUCACGGUCGGAUACACGCAGCGCACGAUGUCGUUACGCAAACAGCCGAAAGGAAUAUACCAGUCAGCCAACUCGGUGAAAUAGCGCGUGUUCAAGUUCGUGUCGAAUUACUUUGGUGAUUUAGUUUGUGCGCGUGGAGGUGACUGAAGGAGGCCGACAGACCGACCGAGGAUGAGCGCCCCGGACCCGAGCCCUUCUUCCAGCACAUCAGCAGACUCCAGAGAGAAACUGCAGGAUCUGAUGAACGCCGUCAGAGAGGUCCACGAUUCCGCCCUGCGAGAAUUACAGACAAAAAUAACCAAACUGAAGAAAGAGCGCUGUCUAGAUGCUCAGAGACUGGGUGAAUUUCACAGCAAGAACCAGCAGUUAAGAGAACAGCAGAAGAUCCUGCAGGAGAAGAUCAGGCAGUUAGAGGACAGGGUGCGUUCUGGACCAUGUGACCGUUGCUCUGUGAUAGAGAAGCAGAUCAAAAAGACCAACGCUGAGUUAGAAGAUACUACUCAGAAAAAUCUGUCCGUCAUCUCUGAACUUGAGGCGGAGAGGAAGACUCUGAAAGAUGAAAACAGGAAACUGAGUGUUGAGCUGGAGCGGCUUAGAAAUUCUCCGCAGAACGUGUCUUCUGAGGCAGAGGAGGGGAUGAUCCCAGACUCUCCUCACCGUCCGCUCUCCUUACCGGUUCCCAGCAAGAUGAAACGACGGAAAGAGCAGAACCACGUCCGCUACGCCGAGACACCCCUGUCACUCUCAUACCCUGACCCCAGGCGAGAGGAGCCGUCUGUGUCCUUCAGCUGUAAUGGCAGAGGUGUGUUGGUAGCUGAGACGUGUGAAAUGGAUGUCACUUGUAUUGCAGAGCCUCAAACAAAGAAACAUUUCAGGACUGUGGUUCCUGAGACCUGCCGUAUGGACGUCUGUCCCGAACAGUCUGAAGAUAAAGAUGACGACGAUCUUCACACUUCACCCCACGACUGCACAAACAUAGUCAGCGUGGUCCAGACUGACGGAUCGCCGUCUGUUUUGCGUUGUCAUCCGUUGGGUUCUCGAGAGCGGCCGCCUUCAAACACCAGCACACGUGUGCCAGCUAAAGGGAAGAGAAAACACACGGACAACAGGAAAAGAGAGAUUUCCGAUUCCAGCCUUGAUGAUCCCGAUGAAACCGAAAUCAAGGAGAUGAUGUUUGCCUCCACACCUUUACAAAACAACAAUCAGGAAACAACGGAUUCAAAGACGAGGAAAUGUUUGGACCAGCACAAGCCUCACAAAAGCCAAAUCCGGAGCCAAAUCGUGGCUUUUCCAUACGAUCAGAGCUGGAGUGUUGAUCCAGGAGCUGAUCUGGAUCGGUAUGAUACAGAGAGCCCUCCUCAACUAGAGAAAAUUGACCAAAUAAAUGCCACCUUGGACUACGAGACUCUUACUGACCACGGACCGGCCAGAGCAGACGUAGAACCGCUGGACACUGACUGUACGUUUGUGAGUCACAGUCUGCUCCUGAGGGGACAGAAGACCACGGGACCGUCUCAAGCCACCGGAAUUGGGCAGAAGGCAAACGACAGCCUUGCUGAUAUUUUCGAUAAGACAGGAUGCGGAGAAUACGAGUCGUGUCCGCAGGAAGAGAGCUUUGAUCCUGAAGGAGACCGGACGUAUGAGGAAGAGAGAGAGGAAGGUGAUGAUGAUGAGGAAGAACGCGUAGCAGCAGAUGAAUCCUGCCGACCUGCGGAUCCUGACCAAGUGACGUUCAGCGGCGCUCGAUCCGGCAGGAGUAAGUCUUUUGCUUGUGUGGAAGUGGUGCGUAAGAAAGACGAAAGGAGAAAGCUGAAAGGCCACUAUUGUAAAGAGUGUGAAAAUUACUAUGCAGACCUUCCAGAGGAAGAAAGACAGAAAAAACUAUCUUCCUGUUCGCGUCACCGCUACCGCUACAUCCCACCUUCCACUCCAGAGAACUUCUGGGAAGUGGGUUUCCCGUCGACACAGACCUGUGUGGAAAGAGGCUACAUUAAAGAGGACGACCAACCGGACGCAAGGAUACGCAGGAGACGGCCGUACCUCGCCACGUUCUCACCGAAAGCCAAGUCACAAAAACAUCAGCACUGAGUGCGUCCGUUAUAAGAUGAAAUGAAUGAAUAUGCAGCUCCGUCUGCUCACGUCCCGAAUUAUAGCUGCUUGCUUCAUAUGUACUCAGAUUUUAUGAAACGACUUAAUAAUAACCAAAGUAAUAAACAAAUCUUGUUUUGUCUAUAAGAUUUGACAUUUUGUAAACUUGAUUUUGAAUCAUUUGUAAAAAAAAAAAAAAAAAGAAAUUUAUACUGUAAUAAAAUAAUAAUAAAAUAGUUUUUUUAAAGCGCAUUUGUUUUUGUGAUUGUGCUAAGUUUCAGCAGAAAA